AUGGCCAAUCUCCCACCCAAUGUUCACGUCUCGACUCACCCCUGCUUGCAGGCCAAGCUGGGCCAGCUGCGCUCCCGCUCCGCCGACUCCAAGGCCGUCCAGGCGCUCGUCCACGAGAUUGCCCUCAUCGUUGCCUGCGAGGCGCUGGCCAAGAACCUCACGGCGGCGCCGGGCCCGAGCGACCAAACGCCCCUCGGCUUCACUUACACCACCACGACCACCAACCCCGAGACAAUGUGCAUCGUGCCCAUUCUCCGCUCCGGCCUCGCCAUGGUAGACGCCGUCCAGACCAUGCUCCCCACCUCCGUCCCCGUCCACCACCUCGGCAUGUACCGCGAGCAAACCACCCUCGACCCCGUCGAGUACUACAACAACCUCCCCAGCCGCACCUCGGCGACCCCCACCGCCGCCCAGUCCUCCGAGCCGCCCGCCUCCCUCGCCGUCAUCGUCGACCCCAUCAUCGCCACGGGCGGCACCUGCGCCGCCGCCAUCCAGACCCUCCGCGAGUGGGGCGCCCGCCGCGUCCUCGUCCUAUCUGUCCUCGGCGCCGAGGACGGCGUGCGCAAGGCCGCCGGCGAGUGGCCCGACGGCACCGAGCUGUGGCUCGCUGGCUUGGAUGGCAAGCUCACGGACCAGGGCAUGCUGGAGCCGGGGCUGGGCGACAUUGGCGAUAGGUUGUAUUUGACCAUGGGCAAGUGA